AUGCUCGCUGGACUACAGAAUCGAAGCCUUUGGAUUGACGAUGAAUGCACGAUCAGCGCAAAUUCCACCGCAUCGUGCAUCCAUCGCCUGGAGUCGUCAAGUUCGGCUCAGUUUAUAUACUACUUGGGUAUUGUUGUAUUUUGCGUCGUAUGUCUCGCAAUAACUGCCUAUUCGUACAGUAUACUUCUCCGAGUAGUGUCAGGCGUUGUAGAUGCAGAAUUGAAACAAACCGCUGAGUUAGAACAUCUCAAAUUGAGAACCUCAGGGGAAGGUGAACGCCGCUUGGACAAUAAACAUGUGCUCAAAAGGCAUAAAUACGUGGUAGUCAUCGGUACAGUAAUCGGUGUCUACUGUGUCUAUUUGACGGUGUAUGCUACCUUACAAGUGCUUCAGCUUGUUAACAUCACUCAGUGA